UUCUUCAUGCUCAGGCAGAGUGCUUGGGGGAAGAGAUUGUGAGGAAAGAAAAUUCAGGAUCCAAGAAGCUAGCUAGCUCGGUAGGUUGUUGCUGCUGCUUUGUUUGUUUUCAGAAAGGGGAUCACAAUGAUCUUCCCCUCUGUUCAUCUACCAGGUUCUUUGUAUCCACCGGCAGAUUGCGCUCCGGGACAGGCAUGGUGGACGUCAUGGGCGGCGUCGCGUGGAUCAUCGGGGUGGCGCUCAAGAUCAAGGAGGCGGCCAGCACGGUCCACCAGAAUAAGAAGGACCGCCACCACAUCAAGAGGCGCGUCGAGAUACUCAACAAAACGCUUUCGCACCAUGAGAACAACACGGAGCUGAUGGAGGACUCUGCGGUGACGGCCGCGCUCGAGGCGCUCGAGGUCAUCACCGUGUGCCAGCAGGAGAGGUGCAUCCUCUGCGCUUUCUACACCGCCGGGAGGCUGUCUCGGAAGCUGGGCAAAGUGGAGCAGCGCAUAUCGUACCUCAACUCCGACGCGAUGCUGACCAUCAUGAGCUACCAGCUGCUCAGGAAGUUCCAUGAUGGUGCUCCACCACAUCCACCCACACAGAUUUACUCUCCUGGCACACACACGCCAUUGCAACCACCAAGUCGGUCACAAAAGGUGUCAAAACAAAAUCAAGAUGAAGCCAACAAGCGAGCUCGGCCCCAACAGUUAUUUCUCAGUCAAUAUUUGUAGAUGUGCGAUGGAGAUCUUUUC